AUGGCCUGCUAUGGAAUCACUCAUGACUGCUGCUGCAGUGUCCCCACCGGCCCUGCCACCACCAUCUGCUCUUCCGACAAGUGCUGCCGGUGUGGAGUCUGCCUGCCCAGCACCUGCCCACAUGAGAUCAGCCUGCUGCAGCCCACCUGCUGUGACACCUGCACCCCAGUCUGCCCGAUGCCUGACACCUAUGUGCCAACUUGCUGGCUGCUCAACUCUGGCUACCCAACUCCUGGACUGAGUGGGAUCAACCUGACCACCUACGUUCAGCCUUGCUGUGAAAAUCCCUGUGAGCCCUGCUGA